GUCGGUCUUGGCUGACCGCCAAUUCAACCUAAGCAGUUUGAGAGAAUAUUCAUGUUGGUACUGGCUGCCCAAUCGGUAAUCACUUCCCGAUUUUGACGUCGUAAUAUUGUGAUUCGUAAGUUUACCGACAGUGUAGUGCCCGCCACCAUCAACAAGUGGUUUGAAUGGAAUACUAUUUUUUACUACAACAAUUAUAAUUGAGGCAGGAUGGGGCUGGGGCAUGCAUUGUCACGUCGGAAGGCGCUCGACACAGUGGAAGGAGAACAGUCAGAGCUGGGCAAGGUGUUGUCUACUGUCGACUUGAUCGCACUGGGUGUCGGCUCUACGCUGGGGGUGGGAGUGUACGUGCUUCCUGGUAUCGUCUCCCGAGAUAUUGCAGGCCCUGGUGUAGUCCUCUCGUUCUUAUACGCAGCUAUCGUUUCCGUCCUUGCAGGCCUCUGCUACGCUGAGUUUGGAGCACGAGUCCCCAAAGCCGGCUCGGCGUACAUUUACAGCUAUGUCACCAUCGGAGAGUUUGUGGCCUACAUCAUUGGCUGGAACCUCAUCAUAGAGUAUGUUAUCGCUGGUGCCAGCGUGGCUCGUGGAGUCAGCCUCUACUUGGACUCCUUGUUUGGGAACGCCAUGGCUAACUAUUUCCGCUCCAUCUAUGCCAUGGAUGUUCCAUUCCUCUCCGGCUACAUAGACUUCUUUGCGUUUAGCAUCGCAGUGCUAGUUAGUGUUUUCCUAGCUGUCGGAGUGAAGGAAUCUCUGCUUCUCAAUAACCUGCUAACCACUGUCAACUGCACUGUAGUAGUCUUUGUCAUAAUUAUUGGAUCAUUAUACGCUGACUUCAUGAACUGGGAAAUACCAUCUUCCAACGUCCCCCUAGGCUCUGGGGAAGGAGGAUUCUUGCCCUACGGAUGGCUGGGAACAUUGAGAGGAGCCUCAACUUGUUUCUAUGGCUUUGUUGGGUUCGACGUCAUCGCUACUUCAGGAGAAGAGACACGGAACCCACGUCGCGCGAUCCCCGUCUCGAUAAUCGUCUCUCUGCUGAUCAUAUUCUUGGCGUACUUUGGUGUCUCCUCCGUGCUGACAUUGAUGUGGCCCUAUUACCUGCAGGAUGUGGGAGCACCGCUGCCUCAUGUCUUCACGGAACUGGGCCUAGACUGGGCUAAGUGGGUGGUCACCAUUGGUGGUCUGUUCGGUCUUAGCGCCAGUCUGUUUGGAGGAAUGUUUCCUCUACCAAGGGUUGUCUACGCCAUGUCGCAAGAUGGACUACUGUUCGAGUUCUUGAGCCGUGUACAUCCCAGAUUCAAGACACCUUUUGUCGGAACAAUCUUCUCUGGGAUCUUAACAGGUACAAUGGCUGCCAUAUUCAAUCUCAAGGACCUGGUGGAUCUUAUGUCCAUGGCUACCCUAGUGUGCUAUACCAUCGUCGCUAUGUCUGUUCUCAUUCUCAGGUAUCGCACGGAAGGGGAGCGUGAUCUAGAGGAACGAUUUACUUCGGAAUCAGAGAGUUCACCUCUGCUGCGAACUCCAUCCCUCAAGAAGCACAGGUUUUAUCUUCGCAAGUUUCCUUUUGCAAAUAUUGAGUUCUCCGUUUACAUUCUCACGCUGUUAUGUGGACUCUUGGCGUACACUCUGGUCUGUAUGCAGAAUGCUGACUCGGAGCUUACCAUGUCUCCUUACAUCACGUUCACUUUGUUGUUGCUCAUCAUUCUUAUCCUCAUUCUGUUUGCGGGAAUACCUUUCGACUCAACUGCAACAACGUUCCAGAUGCCUGGCUUGCCGUUGACUCCAACUCUCAGCAUAUUUGCCAACACCUACCUCAUGUGCCUCAUGGAUCUGUCCACCUGGUAUAGUUUCUCUAUCUGGCUGGCAGCAGGUUUGGUGAUAUACUUUGGUUACGGACUGCGACACAGCACCGAGAACCAAGGUCAACACAGAACACUGCCCAAGGUUGAAUACGAGAGACUUCAGCAAAGUGAACAAAGUCAGUCUGGAGAAACGAGCGCAGCUCAGCGAGUCAUCAAGGCUCAAGAUGCCGGGACUCAAGAAGUGCAAUUAGGCAUCACCUAUGUUCAUUGAUCUAUCUAUCUCAAGUGUUUAUUUAUAUUUGGUUAUUAGGAUAAGUUUACUUUACUACAUUCCUUCGUACCGGCUGUUUUCGAUUUGUAAACAAAGCAACACCGAAGGUAUGGUUGGAAGGUAUAGUGAGCGCAGCUUAUCGUGUCAACAAGACAAGUCAUCGGAACUCAACAAAUGUAUCUGAGGAUUUCGUAUAUUCAUUGAUCUAUCUACCUCAAGUGUUGAUUUUUAUUUGGUUAUUUCUAUAAGGUUACCUUACUUUAUUCCAUAGUACAGGUUGUUUUUGAUUUGUAAACAAACCAACACCGAAGGUAUGCUCAUGCCGGGUCCAUCUUUGAGAAGAUUUGAUCGUUGAUUUUUGCACCCCAAUAUCUCUCAAUGUGUGAUGUGCUAUCAAUCAAGCGCACUAAUAUUAAUUAUUAAUCUUUGUUAAUAACGACAGUAGACUGCAAUUGUACAAUAAUAGAUUGGUAAUAGUUCAUGAGUCAAUCUUAAGAGUCGUUAAAACAAAAUUUUUAAAAUAAAUAAAAUGUUCCCAUCAACAUUACAAUGCGAGAAUUAUAAUAGCAACUAUGUACGAUUGUUGUACAAUAAGUUUUACAAAUAAAUUUGUGAAUAGAUGAAUUUAUAUUUAAAAGGUAGUUUCGUAUCGAUUUUAAGAAUAUUUUAAAAACAUCUACGAUUUAGUUGCAUAAUCUUUAACCCGUCUCUACUUCGAAUAUCUGUGAUCUGUUUUAAUAUCUUCCAGGUUACUUUAUUUGAAAAAAAAAAUAAAACUAUCUUUUAUUUAUUUAAACUUCAUUACGAAAGAUAAAUAUUCAAUUGAACCGAUUUUUAUCUAUUAAAGUAUUUUAAUACAGAUGUGGUAGCUAAUAUGCCAUAUUUCAGGGAGAGCAUAUAUAAUUAUGAUUGGGCUGGCAUGUAUUUACCAAGCAAACAGAAAACGAUCAAUUCUAUUAUCCACUCAAUCAGUAGAUUUAAGAUUUAUUUUGUAAUGAAACUAAUACGUAACGUACGUACGUUGCUGUAGUAUGUUUUUUACUAUAUACGUAAUUUUCAAACAGUGUAGUACCACAUUUCAGUGACUGACACCAGUGGUGCUAAUAAUGGUCUUUCUGAAUUCUAUUACGUAGAAACUGUGAUUAUGGAAGCUUGUGUGUAAGGGCUUCUCCACCAAUUGAGUGGAAAGGUUAAGGUUUUGUUGUUAUUUGUUGUUUGUUAUUUUUUGUUAAAAAAAUAAUGAGUUAGUCGCCUUUUAUAUUAUGUAAGCAGUAAUUUUUCCUUGUAUUUACACUAUUUCUGUUUCCUUUCUUCAAGCUAUUGUUGAGACUUAACUAAAUUGUUUGUAAACCAAACUUUAGUCGUUCUAAACAAUUUCUAAAUUAAAAUUUUAUUACACCAACACUGCUUUAACAAAAUUAUUUAAAAUGUGUUGGAGGUUUAAACAUUUGUAUUCUGAUUAAUUUGUGAUAUAAAAAAAGUUCUUGAUAAUAUAGUCAGUUUAUUAGUCAUUUUUAGUUUUUUGUUUGUUUGUUUAAAAGUGAUUUUGUCAACAAGCAUGAUUUAGUUUGAAAAGCAUUAGAAGUUUCUUAAAUAGGAAAAUGGUUAAAUAGUUGUUGAUUUAAUUUACGUUGUUUGACUGUUCUUUCAUGCAAUGAUGCAAUUCAAACUGAAUUUUCCAAAAACAAAUUAAAAUUCUUACUUUGAAUGUCAAAUCAAAUUUUUACACUAUAUACUAGUACAGCAUAGAAUGUAAAAUCUACCCUAUCUGUUUACCUUCAAAUAAGUACACAAUUAAUUAUCCAUUACAUUAAAAUCAGUACCAAUUUAAUCUAUUAGCGUUACUGUAAGUAUGGCCCAGUCAUAAAGAAAACAACCUACCUUUCUUGGUUUAAGCUAUUUAAAUAUUCAAUUGAAAUAAAUACAUUUUAACUUUUAUUGAAUAAUACUAGACUCACAAGCAUAGAAAAUUAAUGUAAAAUACAAGAAAUAACUGCUUGUAGAGUCCUUGACUUGGUCGUGCACAAGUAACAGGACAAGUACCUCAUCAUAUAAAAAAAAUAGUGAUUACUGCUCACUUACAAACUCACUCUGGUUGAAAGUUUAUUUCACUUCAGUAAGGAAAUCCAGUAAUCCAAUUGCUAAAAGACUGAGGAUUUCUUAGCUGAACGUGAAAUUGCAUAGUAACAAAAAGAAAUAAGUAAAUGUUACAUAUUGUAUUUUUUUAGUGAUAUAUUUCUAUUUAACGAUUAAAUAGAUUAUUUUGAGGAAUUUAUAUAUUGAUGUACAUGGUAAUAUGAUCAUGAUCAAAAUCUAUUUGUACACGAUCAAUAUUUUGAACUUUUAGUGGUGUUGGCUAACUAUUUUCAAAUAUUUUAAUAUAAAUAAUAUUGUCUGUUGAUAACUUAAACUGUUAUUAGAAGUUAAUCAAAUUUAAUAAUUUGUAAUUUUAUUAUGAUCUUGUAAUCUUUAAUUUUAUAUAAAAUUUCUUGUAACAAA